AUGUUCUUCCGUGCUGCAGAGAACUACACGGAUGCCCGCGAGAGCACCGGUGUGCUGCUGAACCGCAUGGCGCCAGAGAUUGUCCAGGCUGCAAAGCAGCGCCUGGAGGGUGCCAUCAAGACUCUGCGAGAUGCCUGGCGGGAGCAGCAGCUUGCGCGAGGAGAGCAGGUGAGAGCCUACUUGGUACCUGACUACUUGUACAAUGCAAGACAGAAGGGUGCCGUCACAAUUGCAGUGGCAGGCAACCAAAGUGUCGGAAAGUCUUCAUUCUUGAGAGUAUUUAUGGGCAAUGAGCAAGUGACCAAGCCCACCACAACGAGAGAACCCGUGGCAUACCUUUACUCAUCUCCGUCAGACAUUCCUUGUAUGCUUUGGGACUUGCCACCCUUGGGUGCCGCAGGCUACCCAGGCGAUCAGUACAUGGCUUUGCUGGGCCUUCGACACUUCGACCUGGUCGUCGUGAUGAUGGACAACACUUUCUCUGAAGCCGAGCUCCUUUUGCUUGAUGAGUUGAAGCACUGGAAGGUGCCGUACGUGCUUGUGAGAAACAAGAUGGAUGUUGAUAUCGAGCGGGAAUACAUGAAUGAACAGUCUGUAUGGGACGCCCGAGGAGUGAAGGAUGGCUUAGACGACAGCAUCAAGGCUGAGAUUCUGAUGGACACCAUGACGACCAUCAAAGACGACGUUUCCGACUUGUGCGGAGCUGAAAGAGUCUACUGUAUCUCCACCCAGGAGGCAUACCGUCAGUCGUUCCUCGGCCGAAUUGUUAAGCAUGUUAAGCCUUGGAGCCACAUCCAGCUUGCUUUUCCACCUUCGUUCUAUUGA